GUCGCUUACACCCAGCGAUGAACCCCUUUAGAGCUCCAUCUCGACUAGAUGGAGCUUGGCACAAGGUCGGCCUCGCAUCGGCGUUUCCGGACCUCGAUAUCGAUUAUGACGGCCGCCGGAUCACAGCGAAGUGCAAAGCUUUUCGGAUCCCGAACUCCAACACAAACGGGAGUCAAGCGGCCGGGUGUCCAGUAGAAGCGGAUAUUGACCUACCAGGGGACUUGAAGGAUCAGGUCCUUGUGUUCAAGUAUAAAGGAAAAUUUCAUGCCAUCGAUCACCAAUGCCCUCACUCGUCGUUCCCACUGUCACAGGGGAGCCUCUUUGACAUUGAAGACUUUGGCGUCGUGCUCAGCGUCGCUAUCACAUGUCCCAAGCACGGCUGGUCCUUUGACCUCUUCUCUGGGCAGUCGGACCGUGGCAACUACAAGCUCAAGGUUUGGGAAGUGCAGCUGCGUGACCCUCCCGCAUCGACCGAUGGGGCUUCUGGGGAAACCAACAAGGAGGUGUGGGUGAGGCGAAAGCAAAGAAUUGGCUAGUUGACGAUUCAGACCCGAGCAGGAUCGACCUGAGUAUUACGUAUCUCCUAUUGGUCUCCCUCCUGCAAUCAACUCGACAUGAACAGCAGUGUCAUGCAUCUAUUGCAGAAAGAACUGCUGCUGUUGCUAUUUGCGCUUGUACUGAAAGGUUACCUGUCGUGAAGAGCACCUUGACGACCAUUCGUCCGCAGCCCAUUGCCAUAUAUUUACGGUCUGUGGCAGUCCCGCGCAUGUCAUUUCACAUCACACCGUGCAUGCCACUAGUGCUACUCUUCUUUGGCUGUAUAAGUAGGUAGUUGUGGCUGCACCUGUUCACUCACAGGAAAACAGACCGGAUAGACAUGACGGAGGAAUGUGAUAUCCAAGCACCGACUUGUCUUAACGGCUCAUGUAACAAUAUAUAUUAGUUGCCAAGGACUACGAAGAACACAGGGAAAGACACUUGCAUUGUAUCAUUAACUCCAG